AUGGACGGUCGCCGCCGCGCAGUCCCUAUAUUGGCAAUUUACAUAGCGUAUAUCCUCAUCCCGUCACUGCUUCAGCUCACAAAGCCAGACGACCACUCAUCGCUUCGCUCCGAAAUGGCCGACCUGAUUACCGUUCUUUGCAUCUGGCUUCCACUGGAUUUUAAGCUGUUGUCAUCGGACAUAUCACCGACUGGAAAGGUUACAGCCUGGGGCUUGUUCACCGCAGCUUUGACAGUCGUGAACUGCUUCACAAUUCUACGCCCUUUUCAAAGCUGGCCCACGCUCGUGACUUGGGCUACACUUUCAAGGUAACCCCAGUCGAUGUGCUGAUAGCGCUAGCUGUGGGUGCUGCCUCUGAUCUCAUCACCGUUCCACUUGCCGCCCUAACCCGGUUUGCUGACGUCAAGACGCCACCUCGUUUAGACGCGGCCAAAGAAGCCGCCACUUUCCUAGGCAUAUUCAUGAACGGCGUUACCGAGGAGCUUAUAUUUAGGGGUAUGAAUCAGAAUAUGUUGGAGCAACGCCUAGGCCACGGGUCCAUAUCUGCACUACUCAUCGCGUCUGGUGCCUUCGGCAUUGCACACUUAGGGAAAUCAAAACUUGGAUAUGACCCGCCAAACGUUCGAUACAUGGCCUCCGCCUGUGUCACCGGUGUUGCGUGUGGGUUCGUAUGGCGACAAACAGGAAAAGUCACAGCUUCCGCGCUGACGCAGGCCACGUCGAAUUACAUUAUGUGGCGCGUCGCGUUAAGCAAAAAAGUUGGCCAGUAGACAGCGUUUUUUCGCAGCUAGAGUCCCUGUAUAGCACUUGACAAUGAUUUCCACUCUUAAACUCACUGAGCACACUCUAAUG